AUGGCUGCUGCGUUUGCAUCGACGACGGCCGUGUUGGGGUCGGCUCGCCCGGGACGGGUGGCCGUCGCUCGGCGGUGCGUGGUUGCACGGGCGUCCGCGACGAUGGCGGCACCGGCGGCGCUGGCGGCGGGAAGGACACACUACGAUGUGCUCGGCGUGAGCGCGGGGGCGAGCAGGAGCGAGAUCAAGGCCGCUUACCGGCGCCUGGCGAGGGAGGUGCACCCGGACGUCGCCGGCUGCGGCGGAGACGAGGGGUUCAUCCGGCUGCACGCAGCCUACGUCACGCUGGCCGAUCCCGACGAGCGCGCGCGGUACGACCGGGACGUGACCAGCCGCGCCGCGGGGAUGACGAUGUGGCAGGCGUCGGCGACGACCGGACCGGCGUUCCGGCGGCGGACGUGGGAGACGGACCAGUGCUGGUAA